AAGUGAGCGAUUCUUUUAUUCUACUCGUUCUCAAUUUCAUCAGCCAUUCAAUAAAUAAAGGUACAACAACUUCUACACAGAGUACAACAAGCACGACAUAUACUUCAAGUACAACAACGGCAACCACAUCUUCGACAACAGUUACAACAACGACUGCAUUCAAUUGUGCUUCAACAAUCACUUCGACUUUGGGCUCGUAUUCAAAAACUGAUUGUCCAGAUGGUCGUUGGCAUACAUUUUCCAAAAGUUUUGCUUCAUCAUACACCGGCCUACGCACACUCGUUUUUGCCUUCACCAAUAUUAGAAGUGCAGUUAUGUAUCUAACGAAUAUCAAAGUGUACGAUGCUAGUAAUACUCAACUGAUAAGCAAUGGAGAUUUUUCUUCCUCGUCCGGUGUUCUACCAACAAAUUGGCUCAAAUGUUCAGACAAUGGACAAGUAGAUUCGACAUGCACUCGUAACACAUCCAUUUCAUGUUAUACGAUUUCGACAGCUGGUGGGACGAUAUCACAAUCAUUUGCAGUUGUAUCCGGUACGAAUUAUACAAUUAGAUUUGAUCUUUAUCAUGAUGCUACAAGUGGUAAUAGUGAUCAAAUCGAUUUAGACAUUUCUGCUGUUUGA